GGUUUUGUCUACACGCGGGGUGUUCAGCAAGGCAUGGCGCAUGGCCAGCAUGGCAUGUGUGGCAUAACGAAGCAUAGCACAUAGCACGUGUCAGUUACUUCAGCUUCUGGUGCUUGACGGUGUGCAUCAGGCAUGCAUUGAUUAGUUUGCACCCGGCGAUGCCAUUCACUCGAUACAAUUUGGGGUGAGUCAUUCUUGGACUGAACAGAACAACUUAAAUUCGAAAAUGAACUUCGUCCCCUGCUUGGCGUGGGUGAAAAGAGGUGUUGCUAAAGCAACACCUGAGAAGGUGAGACUGCUGAAAGAAGAGCUCAAAGAACUCGUCGAAGCAGAUGAUGGAACAGUUGAGGACAAUGUGGCGAACAGUGACACAGAUGAGCACAUGAAAGGCGAUGCUGGUGACAUCGAUGCUAAAUACGAUUUGGAUAAGUACGACGAUGAAACGGAUGCGCCGUCUAAUGCCAAUCAGCUAGCUGGUCUUGCCAUGUAUGCUAGUAAUGCUGAUGAUCCGUACAUGAGUGGGAAAAGUGACGAAGAAAGUGAAGAGGAAAUAGAUGACUUCACUAUCCGGCAGUCAGACAACCUCAUUGCGGUAGCACGAGUGGACGACGAUUGUGGUUCGAUUGAGAUAUAUGUGAGUAACGAAGCAGAGGAUCAUCUCUACGUCCACCACGAUAUUAUUGUCCAGACCUAUCCAGUGUGCAUUGAAUGGCUCAGUUAUGAUCCGACAGAAUCUAGCCCUGGAAACUACAUUGCAGUAGGAGACAUGACUCCAGUUAUAAGUGUGUGGGACUUGGACGUUGUUGACUCGUUGGAACCUGCGUACAAGUUAGGGAAGAAGACUAAAAAGAAAGCACACAAGCCCAGUGAUGGCCACACAGAUGCGGUUAUUAGUCUUUCGUGGAACAGACAAGCAAGACAGGUACUAGCUAGUGGAUCAGCUGACCACAAAGUUAUCACAUGGGACCUUUCUGCUGGUGUGCCAAACAUCCACAUCACUGGCCACAAUGAGAAAGUGCAGUCAAUCCAGUGGCAUCCCUUUGAAGCCUCGACACUGUUGACCGGAAGCAGUGAUCACACUGUAAAGCUCUGGGACUGUCGUGCCAUAGAUGCAGGCUGCAAGUCUUGGUCGGUCGGUAGCGAAGUAGAAAAGGUCCUUUGGAACCAUUUUGAUCCUUUUUACUUUUACGUUAGCACAGAGGAAGGUCAUGUUUAUGGAUUUGAUGCACGAUCUGACAGCGCUGUGUUUACACUGUCUGCACACACUCAGGCAGUGACUGGAAUGGCCCUCAGUACACAUUGUCCAGGUUGCUUGAUUACAGCAUCUGCAGACAAACUGCUGAAGGUGUGGGACAUCCAGGAUGAAAAACCGGUUUUUGUGCUUGAGACGGACGCUAAAGUUGGCUCAGUUUUAGCUUUGGCUUCCUCGCCAGAUGAGCCAUUCUUGUUGGCAGCAGGUGGCGACAAUCACUCGCACAGCUUCAGGGUUAUUAAUUUGAAAGCAUUCAACCAAAUGAACAGGUUUGAGAACCGCCGUCUCGUACAGCCGGUGGAAGUCCCAUCAGAGGGCCACAUGGAAACAGAUAGCACUGUGGGGGCAUUGGGAGAUCUUUCACUGGCGGGCCCAUCAAAGAAUGAUACUUAGCCAUAUAGCUUUCAAGUGUGCUGCAUUUGUAGUCAUCAUGCUGCCCUUCAUGAAGAGGUCUGAGUAAAGAAAAAGAAAAAAAAAGUUUCUGGUACACUUAUUAAUCUAAGCUGGUACUUCAACUUGACCAGAUAUAACGAUCACAUUACUGAGUUCGUGGUCUUUAUGCCUGUCAAGCUUGUUAGUUCUCGAAGUGAAGGCUGUUGGUGGAGAUUAGGAAUGGGAACAUUGGCCAUGUCUGCUAUAUGUCGUUAACUGCACUGAGACAGAAAUGGGCUUCCGUAAAACCUUUCUCAGCACCUGUUUCUCCCAUAUGUACUGCUGUAGCUUGUUUUACAUCUGAAAGGACUGUCACAAACAUUGUCACCUGAUAUGUAAACAUUUAUUGCAAAAAAAAAUAAGCUCAAUCAAACUAACUUCAUUGCACAAUACCCUGGUACAGCAGUCUACAUGGAUAAUUCUUCACAAAAGCGUCUGAUUUCUCAUAGCCUUUAUCACCUCUAAAAGCUUCAAUUUAAUCGAGUUUUCUGGAAUACCUAUAUUUUCAAGGUCUCUUGUGUUCAGGUCUACAAAAGUGUCCAAGUCCACCUGAAAAGAAGAAAUAAAAGCGGUAAAAUAAUGA